UCUUUUAAUGAAGAAUUAUCCCGAGCCGAAUGGUGUGUCAACCAUGCCUUUGCUCGGGAAAUCGGUGGCAACAUCCUCAAAGUGACGUAUGAAGAAGUUGAAGACGGCGGCAUCAUCCUCUCUGCCGUCUACCACGCUCUCUCCCUCGCUCCAGACCACCAAGCACUUUCAGAAGUGUGGCAAUACGCGGCGAGUGUCAAAAAGUUUGCCAUUCUCGCCUCCUCUGUGGAGAGCUUUUGUAAAGAAAAGGUGGGCGAGAUCGUACUCCGGGGCGCGACCGCGAAGGGCCAAAAAGAGAAGGAAUCGGUGGAUGGAGAAUUGAUGGUCUGGGAUCUCUUGGCGCUGCGACGGCAGAUCAACUACCUUAUCGACUUGCUCUUCCCUCACUCCAUCGCCACCCUCGGCGACAAAGGCAAAGCCCCUCUACUCGACUCUGACGGCGACGUCCUCAUGUCCCCCACAUUCACUCCCGGCAUCGGCGACAAAUUAGCGAAAGAACACCACUUUGAGCUCUAUGAGAGUGUGAGGACGGGUUUCAAGGCGGGUUUGGCGAAGAGGGAAGCGGUGCCGGCAGAGUAUGUCGCAAAGUAUCUCGACAGGGUGAUGCGGCGCGGAUCGGUCAAGCCGCCUUCUUCAAGCACUGUCCCAUCCGACGACGUCCCUUCGUUCCAAUCUCACCUAUCCGAGAUCGUCCAUCUCUCAGGUUUGCUCCUUGAUAAAGACGUGUUCAAAGCGUUCUACGGACGCUCCCUUGCCAAACGUCUCCUGCUGAGCAAGAGCGCGAGUGAUGAGAGUGAGAAGGGCCUGGUGAGGAUGCUGCAAAAGGAGAUGGGCGAAGAGUUUACGGCGGGCGAUAUUAUGAUGAAGGAUCUGCAGGUUUCAGAGACAUUGGUAAAAGCAUACCAAACCGCCAACCCAACGUCCAACCUAAAUUUCACCACAAACGUCCUCACCGAAUCCGCCUGGCCAGCUUCCUCCUCUUCCUCUUCCUUCACUUCCACUACUACCACCACAACACCCGUCAUCUCGCCCUUCCGUCUCCCGCAAGUGUUGCAGAAUGACAUUGCGUCAUUUGAAACUUGGUAUAAGGACAGGUACAAGAACCGUGUGCUCGCGUGGCGCUGGGGUUUGGGCAGUGUUACUAUGACGGCGCGGUUUGGACAGGGGACGGAGGGUGGAGAGAAAAGGUAUGAGAUCGGGGUGAGCUUGUAUCAGGCGGUGGUGUUGAUCAUGUUCAAUGAUAAUGAUCAUUUGACCGUGAAAGACAUAAGAGAGAGGAGUGGGAUCCCUGUGAACGAAAUGGCACCCACACUUCAGUCCCUCGCGCUCGGAAAGAAGGGGACGCGAGUGUUGCUCAAGAAACCGCCAGGGAAAGAGGUCAAGGAUAGCGAUGUGUUUGGGUGGAACAAGUUUUUCUCUGGGGACAAGUUCAAGUUCAGAAUCAACGGUAUCCAGCAAGACAUCAGCGCGGAAGAAUCCAAAUCCACCCAAAACCAAAUCUCCCUCGACCGCACAUCCAUCCUCGAAGCCACCCUCGUCCGGCUCAUGAAGGCCCGUAAACGCCUGUCCCUCCAGCUGCUUAUCGACGCUGUGGUAGGCGAAGUGAGCAAGAGGUUCCCGCCGGAUGUAAAGGAGAUCAAGAAGAGGGUAGAGAGUCUGAUUGAAAGAGAGUUUUUAGAGAGGGAUGAGGAUGAUCGGGGGGUGCUCAAGUAUGUUGCUUGA